UGCUGUCUCCCCUUUCUCUGAAUUUGCUCACAAAAAUGUCGAAUAGAUUCGGCAAUCAGAAUUACAGGAAUGAAAGUAACAAAAAGGGAUUUCAUAAAACUCAAAAGCAAUUUAUUCCUAAGAAAGAAUCAUCUGCAGAUCAAACCUUCUCCAAUUCUUUAAGACAAUCCUUUUCCCGCCAAUCCGAUGCAACAUCCAGCGCCGCUGCUGCCGGCCGAAGUGGAGGUGGCGGUGCAACGGCGGCUUCUGGGAAUAGUAAGGUUAAGAUGGGGGAGAAUGGGAACUGGGUUUCUGAUAAUAGUACUACUGGAAUUCAGACUGGCAAUUAUGUUAAUUACUUGCCCCAAGAUGAGGCGGUGGCAUCUGGGCUAGGGGCUGAUGAGGGUGGAGUGGACCCUGUGGAGUCUCAGCGGGUGGUGGAUCUUCUGAACAGGGAGUUGUCUCGGUUGCUCAAAUUGAAGCCCAGAGAUUUUUGGAAAGAAGUGGCCAGCGACACCUCUCUGCAUGCUUUUCUAGAAAGCUUCUUGAAGUACAAGAGCAGAUGGUAUGAUUUCCCAUAUCGUGGAGCCAAGGGUAUAGUCGCUGGAGUCAUUGUUGGGGAGUUUGAGCUGUGUCGCCGUGUAUUUAUGGUCUUGUAUAGAAUAUCUUCAAAUCGGGAUCCUGGUGCUAAGACAGCUGAUAGUCUCAGUUCAAAAGAUCAUGCAGUUCUUCUGCAGGACAAGAAGUUGCUUGACUUGCCAAAGUUACUAGAUAUCUGUGCCAUAUAUGGUCAUGAGAAUGAAGAUCUUACCAGAUUAUUGGUUGUGAAUGCAAUAAAAGCUCAGUGGUGGAUGCAUGAUAAGUUUACAGCAGUUUUGUCACAUUUUCUGACCCUCAUCCAGACAAUGUAUCAACGUUGUAGCUCAUCUUUAGAGGUCCUCUUUGCCACAGGUAACUUACAGGAUCAACCAGUUAGUCGGCUUCGUGCAGACUACUUAGAGGUUAUGGAUUUUAUAAAUGAUGCAGUUGUCAAUAUGGAUGCAUUUGUUGCUGCAUACAAGUAUGCAGCUGUCUUCUUCUGUUGUCCUGUUGAUAUGAGCCAUGGAAAUGAGGAGCUGCUCACUACUCUUGCAAGACUACAUGAUUCACUACUGCCAUCAUUGCAGAGGGGUUUUCACAUUAUUUUGGCUUCAAGAGAUGACGCAAUACAGGAAACAUCUGGUGACAUGCUUUCAGAUAUUUUAAUCAGUUUGAAGUUGUUGUCAACGAGAAUAGUAAAAUUUGGUUGGAAACUACUGUAUUUCUGUUAUUUAAGUGAUGAGGCAUUUGAAAAUAGUUGUCCUUUUCCGGCAUCUAUGAAGAUGUUUCCAGCAAAUGUGGAUGACCCUAUCAUAAGGACAGACAUUUUGGUACAAACACUAAGAGAUAUUGGCCAAGAGUUCUCAAGCAUAACUGAGGCAGAAAAAAGAGGAACUUUUCUCCAAAAUAUUGAGAAGGAGCACAAGAUCAUGAGCAGAGUUGUGUUAUUACAAAACACAGGAUGGAUGUCUUUGGAUGAUGAUCAGAAGCAGUUUCUUUCUGGUAUCCUUAAGCAUCCACUGGAAACCAAUGCAAAUGAUGCAUCGCACACAGCAUCUUCAGGAACAGUUGGUAGCGUGAAGACUGAUGAAGACAAUGCAAUUUUGGAGUCAAAAAUCAGUCAAAUAAAAGAUUUGUUCCCAGACUAUGGCAAAGGGUUCUUAGUUGCUUGUCUUGAAGUAUAUAACCACAAUCCAGAAGAAGUGAUUCAGAGGAUCCUGGAGGGAACCCUUCAUGAAGAUCUUCAAUCCCUGGACAUAUCAUUGGAGCAAAGUCUAGUAAGAAAAUCAGCUGUGUCUGCAAGCACGAUGGGCAAGGGAAAAGGUAAACUGGUAGAAUCUGCAACCCCCAUGAGUCAACUUGUAGCCUAUCAACCUGAGGGUCCAUCAAUUUCAUCUUCCUCAUCUUCUAUAGGAAGGUAUAUCAGGAAGACUGCUACUGACUUACCGGAGACGGAGACCCUGGAUUGCAGGGAUGAGAAGUACAUAGAAAAAACUUCCGCUCUUGUUUCACAACUAGAGUACGAAGAUGAAUAUGAUGAUUCUUUUGAUGAUCUGGGCCUUAGUGUUGGUGAUUCAGGGUUGGAGGAGACUGAGAUUUUGGGUGACAAAUUAGCUUCUGAUAAGGGAAAAGCAAGGGCGGCUGAUAAUGAUAGCUCAGCUCCAAACACUACCUCAAAAUGGAACUCUCGUAAAAAGCCCCAGUUUUAUGUCAAGGAUGGUAAGAACUACAGCUAUAAAGUGGAAGGUUCUAUCGCCGUUGCUAAUUAUAAUGAGGCCAAACUAGUCAGUCAAGUCCAGAAGGAAACUAUCCUUGGUCUUGGACGUGGCGGGAAUAUUCCAUUGGGUGCAGUUAGAAGGUUGGCUGAGUCUAAUGAAGAAACUGAUGUCGGACCUGAUAGUAAUGAAGGUGCAGGAAGAGGUGGUAGGGGGAACUUCAGGGGCAGAGGAAGGAGAGGUGGUGGAAGAAGCCAUUACCGAAAAGAUCAAGCUAUGAGGAAGCAUUUUUCUGGAGUAAUGAAUUGAUUCGUACAACUAUACCCUCUUUUCUGUGAUACUAAUAUAAGAUCUCGUUGUAUAGUUAAUUGUACAGAAGAUAAAAUUUUCUUUAGUGAGGGAAAAUUUCAUAUUUUACAGGAACAAUAGCAUACUGAUUCUGGUGUUUUGA